CGUCGAGGUCAAGGCAACAGCGGGUGGCUGAUGCUGUGUAACUCAAGAGUGUCUCACGAGGCAUUGACGAUAACUAAGAAAAUGAAAAGGAGCGGAGACUUUCUGUAUAAGUAUGGGACGUGGCCAGAUCUAACCAUACCAUAUCGAGUUCUUCUAUUCAGGCACUCAACUUCCGGCAUUCAGCAAUUUUACGCAGCAUCAUCACAUAUACCGUUGGCCAGGCUCGCAGCUACUAGCUCCAACCAAGGGUUGAGUGAAAGCCCAUUCACUAAUGGCAACAUCCAAGCCUCCAAAUGAGCUUGUUUCCUCCAGACUGUCAGCAAUGACAGGAGACGAAGAGUUUUUAGUUCAAGUUUCCGACUCCACUGUCGCCGAUGACGAGAAAUCUGCUCAGAUCAAAUGCGAAGAUUGCGACGAAAAAGACGGUGAAAAAUAUUGCGGGAAGUGCCGGCAGGUUCUCUGCGAAGAUUGCUGGUUGCGUUGGGCCAAGCAUCGCCGGAAUGACCCAAGUCACCCGGUUGUGUCGUAUCAGGAACACAAAUUAUUCAAAGAGAUUGUAAAUCCUGAAUUGACGGACGAACAGCGACAACAGCAGCACGAUCAGGAUAUACUCAACCUCUGGUUUUCUGUUGAUCGGAGGGACAACGGAGACCUGUGUCUCGAGGAGUUUCCCCGAUUCGGCCGCUUGGUAGAAGAUCACCAGCAGAAGCACGGACGGAAGUCUCCAUGUUACGCUCAGCUUGUUUCUUUCAUCGGAAACACCGGGGCGGGCAAGAGCACCUUGAUCCGCGUACUCAUGCAACAGCCUUGGAAUGUUGGGCACAUGGGAGCAACGGAGAAGCCUUCGGUUUGUCUCCCCAUCGCCGGACGUCAAGAGAGCACAGUGCCCACUUCUGGAGAUGUGCAUCUCUAUGCGGCCCCCUAUACAGACGCUGCGCCAAAAUGGCUCCUCUUACUGUAUGCUGACUGCGAGGGCUUCCAUGGGGGGAGCCAGCCACCUGUCGCGCUCAAGGCGAAACGGCAUAUCUUCGCGUAUCUUCAAGAAGCGAUUAGGGUCAAGACAGCCAAUUCCGUUGAAUGGGUGAGAGAGGCGAUCUCGUUCCUCAAGAGGCCACGCAUGUGGACCUUGAAUCUCAACGGCGACCGGGGAGACGCAGUCAAGGAGCUCUUCCCGCGCUUACUGUACAACUUCUCUGACGUUAUCGUCCAUGUCAUACCUUGCGCAGCAUCUAGGAUGUUGGAGAACGACUUAACCAAACUUCUGGAAUGGGCCCAGAACUCACAGGAAACGGCCGUCAACCGAGUCAUUCUUCCGCACCUGAUCGUGGUGCUGAACACUUCCCCAACUGAGCUAUCGGACUGGGAUCCUGCCAAGACCACUCCUGAAAUUCUUCAUGAGCAUCUGCCGGCUCUGGAAAGCAACACCGUUAUUAAAAAAUAUCGGCGAAUGCUCAACCAACUGCGAAACACAGCCAUUACGACUCUGGGCGACUUGCUGGAGCGCUGCUACUCCUCUGUGAGAUUCAUUCGAGUUCCAAACGCGGAGAAUCAAUAUCUAUACUCUAAGCAGCUCCGGUCACUCGACUCGCUCAUCCGCGAGGCAGCAGGCAAGGCCGCGCGCACGAAGACGGAAGCGGGAUGUCUUCUCACAUCGGAGAUUGAGAGACAGAUGUUCACAAUGGCCUUUGAGCACUACAAGGACAACCUGGAGAAACCAUUCGACUUCCUCGAAAGCCUAUUCUCCGUGCGCCCCCUAGAAGACAGUCUCUCAGCCGCGUUCUUCGCUUUACUAAAAUUGGCGGCGGUAGCGUACCGCUCUGCGUCCACGGAAGCAUCGGCAAGCGAAUUCUGCUCGGCUGUUACCCCGGUCCUAUGCUCGACUAUCGCUCUCGAUUACUACCGGUCCAAUAAGAAGUACCCCGGAAGGUUGAGGGACAUCUACAAAGGCAAGACCAUGAAUUCGCAAUGCAUCGGCGAGGGGAAAUCCGUCACGGCGGCAUACCAAUCUCAAGUGGGGAAGGCAAUCGAAGAUUUUUUCGACCAGGCGUGCCCGUGCGACUUUGUUCACCAGGAUGGGAGGCAAUGUGUCAACUUUCGCCUAGCUCACGAUACGGUAUACGAACACCAAGACAGCACCGGGGAGCUCAUAGGCUUUGGAACAUUCCAAUCAGCGUUUGUGGACGAAUUAAUGAUCUGCUGGAAUGACGAGAUCGACAAGUCUCUCCGGGAGCUAGAUGACCUUCAAGGGAAUUCUGAUGCUGUCGUUCAUCCCGGUAAGCAGUCGAAUGCAGAACUGAUGAUGACGUGGUCUGCCCACUGCGUGAAUCUUCAGGAACUCUACUCUGCAAUACCGGAAAUUGACGUAGAAAAGAUUGAGGCCUGCUCCUGGUGCUUGCGCGAUAAGCAGCCGGAGUUGCUGGGGUGCGGACAUCGGAUCUGCUGGGGAUGCACAGAGCUGGUGGGUGAUUCCCUGACUGAUUCCAACGAGGAGAUUGGUUUCGCCAUUCGGCGCUGUGAUCUCCAUCAAAAUGGACUUAACUUUGAGAGACCGAACUACAUCACCAAGGUUCACGAUACUGGACCCAUUGUGGUACGCCAAGGAUGCCUGGAGAGGUGAGAGGAUAUCAGUGCUGUGGCAAGAUGCUCGAUCAAUAUGACCUUUCCUUGAAUUCAGGUUAAAGUACUGUCAUAAUCUUAAAUAGCCAUUCCGCUGCGGAAUUAGAUCAAGAGCAAGCUGCAGAGGACGUGGCUGCCAUGAUGGCGAUGUUC